AUGUUCGGUUCCGGACCCAGUAGCGAAUCGGUGCAAAGCCUUUCGCCGCUCCGCCCCUUGCCCCUUCUCGACGAGCACAGGGCGUAUUCCCAUCCGGAAGAUUCCAUGGUGUCAUCACGCCAGGAGGCUAGGGCGGAGCAGAUGUACCGCGACAUGGCGCCUCUCCGGUUCGCGAACAACCGGCCCCGCAGCGAUGUGAAUAUCCCCCAGGAGCCGCAGGUGACCAGAGCGGCGCUCGCGGCUUGCUCGUUCUCGAGCGGAUUCUCGGGGGGGUCCCCCGCGAGCGCGAAGGUGUCGGGGGCCAAGUCCGCAAUGGACGUAUUCAGACGGUCCGAGGGGCUUAGUUUCAUGCGCAUGUACGGCGGAUUCCGGAACGAUUGCGCGGUGCGCGAGGCUCUGAGCGCACCCCGCGAGGGUGUGAUUGUGCCCCGCGAAGUUGUGAAUGUCCCCCGGGAUGGUGUGAACGGCCCCCGCAACGGCGCCAACAUGCCCCGCGAUGGUGUGAACGUGUCUCGCGACGGGCUGAACGUGCCCCGCGAUGUUGAGCUCAGCAAUGGUGGUCAUAUUAUGACAGCGUUCUCGAGGGCUCCCGACGGGUCACUUCCCAAGCAGAAGGAGGGCUCUCGGCUGAGUAUGGCGUUCGAGCAAGAGCGUCGGACCGAGAUGGACGGGGACACCGCCCUGCAUUUGGAGUUCUACCGGUCCCAGCAGCUGUCCCUACCGGCCAAGCCCCCCGGGCGCGCCGCAGCCUACGACCCCUGGGCUCGCAACCCGGGGUUCUAUCCCGAGGCUCUGGAUCAUCGCUCGGACAAGGGCGAUUCCAUCUUCGUCGAGUUUUCGCCGCAGGACGACCUGUGCCCCAAAUUGAAUAUCAAUCAGCUGCCGGCGAAGUUCGUGGCGACGUUCCUCUUGGGGGAUUCGAACCGGCCACGGUUCGAGUUCAACGCUGCACAGUAUGCAAAACGGUUCUUCUCUUGCUACGGCGCCGUUUCCAAGACGCUGGUGCGCGAGAACAAGAACCACCCCCGCAAGUGGUUCGCGAUCGUGGAGUUCAGCUACUGGACCAACGAGGAAGUGCGCCAGAGGUUGGUGGCUGGGGAGCAGAUCCGACUCACCGACUUCUUUGAUGGCGAGGGUGUCUACGUGCAGCGCCACAAGGACAAGCAGAGCUAUAUGUCGCGCAACGGGUCGGGGCCUUCCAACGGUCUCCCCUGUCGCCCCGACUGGAAGUACACCGGAAUUGACACGCGCCUCGGGAAGCCCCUUUACCGUGGGCCGUGUUCGAUCUGCGGUCGGGAGAGCACCGUUCCCUUCAAACCGGUCGUCAACGGACAGCCCCCACGGUGCCGCACGUGCCUCCCCCAAGAUGGGAACUUCGCUGCCCCGGGGGGGUACGCGCCCCAGGCGAUGCCGCACCCCCGCUACGAGGACGCGCGUGUCGGAGGGCUGAUGUCGAUGCGCGAGGAGACGCUGCGGACGCUCAGUGUAGAUCGUGGCGGGAGCGGGGUGUUCCUGUUCAGGGGACGCGAGGCCGGCCGCAGCGGACACCCCCACUACGGGAUGGACCACCAGGGUUUCCGCGACAUCGCCCGCGCGAACCAGAGCUUCGCCGGGGGUGAAGUCAGCAGGGCCUUUGCUGAGGCCACUAGGGGCCACGGUGUUGUCAGCAGGGACGGUUUCGUUUCGGGGGGACUUGGCGGCUUCUCGGGGAAAGGGGCCUCGGAGGCAAUGCCAAAGCGGUUUGAAGUCGGGUUGGGUGUGGAGGAGCGCCGGGAGGGGCUUUGGGGUUGGAACCCCUCGUCGAAUGGAGGGGGCUUUGGGGUUGGAACGAUGUCUGCUAACGGGGCAGUGGCCGAGCUGUACGCGAAGGCCGCCGAGCGGGGCUAUGCGACGCCGCAGUGCAACCUGGGCUGGUGCUACCAGCACGGCAGGGGCGUGGAGAAGGACGAGGUGCGCGCUGCCGGGCUGUACGCGCAGGCCGCCGAGCAGGGCCUCGCGAGGGCGCAGUGCAACCUGGGCGUGUGCUACGAGCACGGCAAGGGCGUGGAGAAGGACGAGGCGCGCGCCGCCGGGCUGUAUGCGACGGCCGCCGACGAGGGGCAACGAGGGCACGCGGCGUGA